AGCUUAAAGGGGUUUCUCUUUUUCAUUUUGUCAUUGGGGAACGUUUUACGUUAUAUGGAUCGACUUUUGAAGAUCAAUUCUGGGCUAUACUCGCUUAGUAUUUUUUUAAUGCCAGUAGUGUAGAUCUAAAAAUGUUUACUGGUUUUUGUGAUUGGUUUCUACAUGGGGGCGCAGAUCCUAGAGUCUUGCCCUAAAAUAAAAAAUAUCCUUCUAUUGGAUUCUGAAGGGAAACGUGUAGCUGUUAAGUACUAUUCAGAUGAUUGGCCAACAAACAGUGCCAAGGAAGCUUUUGAGAAAGGUGUAUUUACCAAAACUCAGCAUACGAAUGCCCGCACUGAGGCGGAGAUAACAAUGCUUGAGAAUAACAUUAUUGUUUACAAGUUCAUUCAAGAUCUUCACUUUUUUGUUACUGGAGGUGAAGAUGAAAAUGAGCUCAUCUUAGCCACAGUUCUUCAGGGGUUUUUUGAUGCAGUUGGCCUUCUCCUAAGAGGCAAUGUUGACAAGAAAGAGGCACUUGAGAAUCUGGAUCUCAUUCUGUUAUGCCUUGAUGAAAUUGUCGACGGCGGAAUAACUCUCGAAAAUGAUGCAAAUGUCAUUGCGGGGAAGGUAGCAAGUAAUAGCAUGGAUGCUGGAGCUCCAUUAUCUGAGCAGACAAUAACUCAAGCGCUGGCCACUGCGCGUGAACAUCUAACAAGAUCCCUUCUUAAAUAAUAGGAGAGAAGCAAGGGGAGUUCUCAUAUUUGUAGUUUUGUAGAUGUAAGUAUUAUGUUAAUAGAUUAUGUUAUGAGAUGAUGCUUGCUACAUGGGAUGCUGAAAGCUACCAUUUCUUGUGACUGAAUUUGUUUUGGUUUACAUUUUUUACUUGGCUGUUUGGAAGAUCAAGCGAAAGCAUUGUUAUUUGCGGGUUAA